AGGCGCUCCCUGUUGCUUGUUGCCGGUGCUGAAGAGAGCCGAGGUCAGGCAGGUGGGCGCGCCGGAGGCAGAAGCGGCCAGCGAGUGGGGGGUCAGCCCGGAGUCAAGCCGUCGCCAUGCGUGAGAUCGUGCACAUCCAGGCCGGCCAGUGUGGCAACCAGAUAGGGGCGAAGUUCUGGGAAGUCAUCAGCGAUGAGCAUGGAAUUGACCCCACCGGCAGCUACCACGGAGACAGCGACCUGCAGCUAGAGAGGAUCAACGUCUACUACAAUGAAGCGACUGGUAACAAGUACGUGCCCCGUGCCAUCCUUGUGGACUUGGAGCCUGGCACAAUGGACUCGGUCAGGUCUGGACCUUUUGGGCAGAUCUUUAGACCUGACAACUUUGUCUUUGGCCAGAGUGGUGCUGGGAAUAACUGGGCCAAGGGCCACUACACGGAGGGAGCGGAGCUGGUGGACUCGGUGCUGGAUGUGGUAAGGAAGGAGUCAGAGAGCUGCGACUGCUUGCAGGGCUUCCAGUUGACCCAUUCCCUGGGCGGUGGCACAGGCUCUGGGAUGGGGACGCUCCUCAUCAGCAAGAUCCGGGAGGAGUAUCCCGACCGGAUCAUGAACACAUUCAGUGUGAUGCCGUCCCCUAAGGUGUCGGACACAGUGGUGGAGCCCUACAAUGCCACGCUGUCCGUCCACCAGCUGGUGGAGAACACGGAUGAAACCUACUGUAUUGACAAUGAGGCCUUGUACGAUAUCUGCUUCCGCACACUCAAACUCACGACUCCGACAUACGGGGACCUCAACCACUUAGUGUCGGCCACUAUGAGUGGUGUCACCACCUGCCUGCGGUUCCCUGGCCAACUCAAUGCUGACCUCCGCAAGCUGGCGGUCAACAUGGUGCCCUUCCCUCGCCUGCACUUCUUCAUGCCGGGUUUUGCUCCCCUCACGAGCCGCGGAAGCCAGCAGUACCGGGCCCUGACGGUGCCAGAGCUCACCCAGCAGAUGUUCGAUUCCAAGAACAUGAUGGCGGCCUGCGACCCACGCCACGGGCGCUACCUGACUGUGGCGGCCAUUUUCCGGGGCAGAAUGUCCAUGAAGGAAGUGGACGAGCAGAUGCUCAACGUCCAGAACAAGAAUAGCAGCUACUUCGUCGAGUGGAUCCCCAACAACGUGAAGACGGCCGUGUGCGACAUCCCUCCGCGAGGCCUCAAGAUGUCCGCCACCUUCAUUGGCAACAGCACGGCCAUCCAGGAGCUGUUCAAGAGGAUCUCUGAGCAGUUCACGGCCAUGUUCCGCCGAAAGGCCUUCCUGCACUGGUACACCGGAGAGGGCAUGGAUGAGAUGGAGUUCACGGAGGCCGAGAGCAACAUGAAUGACCUGGUCUCUGAAUACCAGCAAUAUCAAGACGCCACAGCGGAUGAGCAAGGAGAGUUUGAAGAGGAAGGCGAGGAGGACGAGGCUUAGGAUCGCGGUGGUUUAGGGGCACAGUCUGUUCAGCUCUGCUGCUACAUGGUUUUUCAGUUCAACUUGGUGCUUUCACUGUUGAUUUCCCUCAUUGCCCAAACCCUUUGAUUUGGACGCACUUUUAUAGGUCGUGAAAACAUUUCAACAUAAUAAUGAAAAGUGGGUGCUCUCCACACUUUAAAUUGGGUCUAAAAGUAAACUUUGUAAAUUUUACCCUUAAGAAUAUACUUCCUUCCUUGUUAAGACAACUGUUGUCCUUCAGCUGUAUGUGUAAAGCUAUUGAUCAUACAAUUGUACUGCAGCUGUUUUAUAAAAAUUAUAAAUUUAUAUACAUUGUAAACUUAUAUAAAUUUAUAAUUAUUAUAAAUUUUUGCAGAGGUUACUUAUAUCAUAAUUGAUCUGAAAUAAAGACUUCUCUGCUGCUCCAUA